AUGCAGCGCGACGGCUGCGUAGGGGGCGGGAGCCGGGCUGGCGGCGGCGGCGAGGGCCGGCGCGGCCCCCGGGAGGGGUUGGCGGGGAACGGCCGCGAGGCGAGCCACGGCCACGCCGCCGAGGCGCCCGAGGACCCACCGGCGGCAGCGUCCUUGCUGGCCCCGAUGGACCUGGGCGAGGAACCGCUGGAGAAGGCGGCGCACGCACGCACGGCGAAGGACCCAAACACCUACAAAGUGCUCUCGCUGGUAUUAUCAGUCUGUGUCUUAACAACAAUCCUUGGUUGUAUAUUUGGCUUGAAACCAAGCUGUGCCAAAGAAGUUAAAAGCUGCAAAGGUCGCUGUUUUGAGAGAACGUUUGGGAACUGUCGCUGUGAUGUUGCCUGUGUUGGCCUUGGAAAUUGCUGUCUAGAUUACCAGGAAACAUGCAUAGAGCCAGAACGUAUAUGGACAUGCAACAAAUUCAGGUGUGGUGAGAAGAGGUUGUCCAGAAGCCUCUGCUCCUGUUGAGAUGACUGCAGGGACAAGGGCGACUGCUGCAUCAACUACAGCUCUGUGUGCCGAGGUCAGGUUUCCAUGGCUUAUCAGGCUCGAUGGCCACCUGGAUUUAGACGGCCCUGGUUCUAAAGUUACAACUUAACAGAUUCUCAAAUGUAUUUAAUAACAAUCUUUAUUUUUUUUUUCCUCCUAGAAAACUGUGGAACAUACACGAAAAGCAUGAGGCCAGUAUAUCCUACAAAAACUUUUCCCAAUCACUACAGCAUUGUCACAGGACUUUAUCCAGAAUCACAUGGCAUCAUUGACAAUAAAAUGUACGAUCCUAAGAUGAAUGCUUCCUUUUCACUUAAAAGUAAAGAGAAAUUUAAUCCUGAAUGGUACAAAGGAGAACCAAUUUGGCUCACAGCUAAGUAUCAAGGCCUCAAGUCUGGCACAUUUUUUUGGCCAGGAUCAGAUGUAGACAUUAAUGGAAUUUUCCCGGACAUCUAUGAAAUGUACAAUGGUUCAAUACCAUUUGAAGAAAGAAUUUUAACUGUUCUUAAGUGGCUACAGCUUCCCAAAGAUGAAAGACCACACUUUUACACUCUGUAUUUAGAAGAACCAGAUUCUUCAGGUCAUUCAUAUGGACCAGUCAGCAGUGAAGUCAUCAAAGCACUGCAGAGGGUGGACAACAUGGUUGGCAUGCUGAUGGAUGGCCUGAAGGAUCUGGACUUGCACAGAUGCCUGAACCUCAUUCUCAUUUCAGAUCAUGGUAUGGAGCAGGGCAGUUGUAAGAAAUAUAUAUAUCUGAAUAAAUAUUUGGGGGAUGUUAAAAAUAUUAAAGUUAUCUAUGGACCUGCAGCUCGAUUGAGACCCUCCGAUGUCCCAGAUAAAUACUAUUCAUUUAAUUAUGAGAGCGUUGCCAGAAAUCUUUCUUGCCGGGAACCAAAUCAGCACUUCAAACCUUACUUAAAACACUUCUUACCCAAGCGUUUGCACUUUGCCAAAAGUGACAGAAUUGAGCCUUUGACAUUCUAUUUGGAUCCUCAGUGGCAACUUGCAUUGAAUCCUUCAGAGAGGAAAUAUUGUGGAAGUGGAUUUCAUGGUUCUGAUAACUCAUUUUCAAAUAUGCAAGCCCUUUUUAUUGGCUAUGGACCUGGAUUCAAGCAUGGAGUUGAAGUUGACCCCUUUGAAAAUAUUGAAGUCUAUAACUUAAUGUGUGAUUUGCUGAAUUUGAUACCAGCUUCUAACAAUGGAACUCAUGGCAGUCUUAACCACCUUCUGAAGAAUCCUGUUUACACCCCAAAGCAUCCCAAAGAUGUCCGUCCCCUAGUACAGUGCCCAUUCACAAGAACCAACAGAGAGAACCUUGGCUGUUCGUGCAACCCCACAAUAUUACCAAUUAUAGAUUUUCAGACACAAUUGAAUCUGACCAUGGCAGAAGAGAAGAGUAUUAAGCGUGCCACUUUACCCUAUGGAAGACCCAGGAUUUUCCAGAAGAACAGCACUGUCUGUCUUCUUUAUCACCAUCAGUUUGUGAGUGGUUACAGCCAUGACAUCCUAAUGCCCCUUUGGACGUCCUACACCAUUGGCAGAAAUGACAGUUUUUCCACAGAAGACUUUUCCAACUGUUUGUACCAGGAUCUUCGAAUUUCUCUUAGUCCUGUCCAUAAAUGCUCGUUCUAUAAAAGCAACGCUAAACUGAGUUACGGCUUCCUCUCCCCACCACAAAUCAACAAAGGUUCAAGUCAAAUAUAUUCUGAAGCACUGCUUACCACUAAUGUGGUGCCAAUGUACCCGAGCUUUCAAGUUAUAUGGUACUACAUCCAUGACACUGUACUACAGAGGUAUGCUGAAGAAACAAAUGUUGUCAACGUUGUCAGUGGUCCUGUGUUUGACUUUGAUUAUGAUGGACGUUAUGAUUCUUCAGAGACUCUAAAACAAAACAGCAAACUCAUCCGUAAUCAAGAAGUUCUGAUUCCAACUCACUUCUUCAUUGUGCUAACGAGUUGUAAAAAUACAUCGCAGACUCCCUUGCAGUGUGAAUACUUAGAUACAUUAGCUUUCAUUUUGCCUCACAGGACUGAUAACAUUGAGAGUUGUGUGCAUGGGAGGCAUGAAUCCUCAUGGGUUGAAGAGUUGUUGAAGUUACACAGAGCCCGGAUCACAGACGUUGAACACAUCACUGGACUCAGCUUCUAUCAAGAAAGAAAAGAGCCAGUUUCAGACAUUUUAAAGUUAAAAACAUAUUUACCAAGUUUCAAGCAAGAAGACUGA